GCCUUCGGCGUUGGCGGUGACGUCACUCCCGCCCGCUGCCUGGCGCGAGGCGGCGGCGGCGGCUCCGGGCGGCGGCGGCGGCGCCAUGUUCCAGACCUUGUACAACUAUUUCUGGUGGGAGCGGCUCUGGCUCCCGGCGAACCUCACCUGGGCUGACCUGGAGGACCGGGAUGGACGGGUCUAUGCCAAAGCCUCCGACCUCUACAUCACCAUCCCCUUGGCCUUCCUCUUCCUCGUCGUCCGGCACCUCUUUGAGACGUACGUGGCCACCCCCCUGGCCGGCCUGCUGAACGUCAAGGAGAAGAUCAGGUUAAAAGCCACCCCCAACCCCGUGCUGGAGAAGUUCUACGCUGCCACCUCCAAGCACCCCAAGCAGGCCGAGGUGGAGAUGCUCUCCAAGAAGAGCGGCUGCACCGUGCGGCAAGUGGAGCGCUGGUUCCGCCGCCGCCGCAACCAGGACCGGCCCAGCCUGCUCAAGAAGUUCAGGGAGGCCAGUUGGAGAUUCACCUUUUACCUUAUUGCUUUCAUUGCUGGCAUGGCUGUGAUAGUGGAUAAACCCUGGUUCUACGACCUCCGGGAGGUGUGGAAGGGAUACCCCAUCCAGAGCAUGCUGCCCUCCCAGUACUGGUACUACAUGAUCGAGCUCUCCUUCUACUGGUCCCUGCUCUUCAGCAUCGCCUCCGAUGUCAAGCGCAAGGACUUCAAAGAGCAAAUCAUCCACCACGUCGCCACCAUCAUCCUCAUCAGCUUCUCCUGGUUCGCCAACUACAUCCGUGCGGGGACGCUCAUCAUGGCCCUGCACGACUCCUCGGACUAUCUGUUGGAGUCUGCCAAGAUGUUUAACUACGCCGGCUGGAGGAACACCUGCAACAACAUCUUCAUCGUCUUCGCCGCCGUCUUCAUCAUCACCCGCUUGGUCAUUCUGCCCUUCUGGAUCAUGCACUGCACCGUGGUUUACCCGCUGGAGCUCUACCCGGCCUUCUUCGGCUACUACUUCUUCAACUUCAUGAUGGCCGUGCUGCAGUCGCUGCACAUCUUCUGGGCCUACCUCAUCAUCCGCAUGGCCCAGAAGUUCAUAACUGGAAAGGUGGUGGAGGACGAGAGGAGCGACCGUGAGGAGACGGACAACUCGGAGGAGGAGGAGGAGAAGAACGGGCCCCUCUCCAACGGGCACCUGGUGCUCAACAACAACCACCGCAAAACCGACUGAGGGGGCCUCGCCCGGGGGGCGGCCGAUGCCACCGGCGCCACCACCACGGUCCCCCCGGCCCCUCCAUCCUGUCCCCCCUCGGUCACCUCCGGGGCGCAGCCGUUGCUGCUUCCCCACCUCACACCGUUGGUGCCCUUCCUGCCUUUCACCUGCUGCCUUAAGCCACCGCAGUGCCGGGGCUCCAGCCCUCUUAUCCCCCUUUCCCACCCAUCCCAGCGGGAAGCACGUCCUGUAGAUGCCUCUUAACCCGGGGAAAAGCCCCGAGCCCGGAGCAGGGUGGGAGGGAGGAGCGGAGGAAUUCGGGGGGGAUUCAGUGGCUGAAGGCCCAGGGGACACCGGGGAAGGGAGCUGCAGGGUUUGGGCUCCCGGAGGAGUUGGAUCCCCUCGUUUCUCUUGUCGAUGGGUUUUGGGUCGCCCCCGGCUCCAAGAGGACAAAUUCACAGCCCAUUUCCUUCCUUUUGUUUGGUGUUUUUUUUUUUUUUGUUCUUUUUGCUGUUUCUAUUUAUUUGGAAGCCAGAAGGAGCCGGGGGCUCGGCUCCGGGGAGCUCCCAGCGCGGAGGGAGGGGGGAAAGGACCAUUCCCAACCACAGACCAAAAAGCGUGUUUUGUUGUUCUUGUUUUUUAAAAAAAGAAAAGAAAGAAAUAAAAAGGUUUAAAAUAUA